CGGCAACAUACCUGACUCGCACAGGUGUACUAACGAUGACAAGCGCACCUCAGGACCAAGAUAAACUGGACGCAGAGCGAGACAAACCCACCGAGCUGCUCUACACGCUGAAAGACAGACCGCCCUGGUCCAUCACCAUCAUCUUAGCCUUCCAGCACUGCAUCACCAUGAUCUGCAGCACAGUGCCCAUCCCCUUCCUGGUUUCUUCGUUACUGUGCCUCGGCCCGUCACAUCCCAUGCGCGGCUACUUCGUCUCCACAAUCAUAUUUGUGUCUGGCGUGAACACGCUGCUGCAAAGCACACUGGGCGUCAGGUUGCCUAUUGUUCAAGGAGGAAACUUCGCAUUCCUGUUACCCAGCAUUGCAAUUCUGUCCACUAACUACAUGAGUUGUGAGGCUCAACAGUCUGCCAAUCUUACGGUUGAAGACCAAGAAGAAUUAUGGAGGGAUAAGAUAACAUUUAUACAGGGCAGCAUUGCUGUCUCUUCGGUCUUUCAGAUCUUCCUGGGUUUCACAGGUCUGAUUGGUGUGCUGCUGCGCUGGAUCACGCCGCUCACCAUCCUCCCCACCAUCAUGCUCGUCGGUCUGUCAAUGUUUGACAUCGCGGCAGUGCAAGCGGCUCAUCAUUGGACUGUUUCUCUCAUAUCAACGACAAUAUUGAUAUUAUAUUCACAAUUCCUAACGGAAGUCAGCGUGCCCUUUCCCAGGCUAAGGAAGGGAUGUAUAGUCACGUUCUCUUGGGUCAAGAUCUUCAAACUGUUUGCGGUUCUGCUAGCUUUGCUCACUUCAUGGUUAUUGUGCUGGCUACUGACCUACUUCGAGGUACUCCAGGAAGGAUCCGCUGCGCGCACCGACAAUGGGAUUCAUCUGGUGUCUCAGUCCCCGUGGUUCUAUGUGCCGUAUCCAGGUCAAUGGGGUGUUCCCCGUGUGAUGCUGUCUGCGGUGCUGGGCUGCAUGGCUGCAGGCUUUGCCUCCAUGGUGGAGAGCAUCGGGGACUACAUCAUUUGUGCCAAGGUUUCUGGAGGAUCGCCGCCCCCUAUGCACGCCAUCAACCGGGGAGUGAUGAUAGAGGGCGUAGGUGUUGCAUUGGCUGGCCUCUUUGGUACCGGCAGUGGGACCAACUCUUACUCAGAAAACAUCGCUACCCUCGUAAUCACCCGGGUCGGCAGUCGACGUGUGGUACAAGUGAGCGCUGUGUUUAUGAUGAUACUGGGAAUAUUCUCCAAGUUUGGUGCGCUAUGUGGCAGUCUCCCGGCGCCUAUCAUUGCUAGCCUCUACUUCGUGCUCUUUUCCUACAUCGUCUCAGCCAGUCUUCCUAUGCUAAAUAUGAUCAAAAUACAUUCUCCCAGGAAUCUCUUCAUCCUUGGCUUUAGUGUGUUCUUCAGCCUCUCCAUAUCAAAGUUUGUGAAAACUCAUCCGGAGAUUAUCGACACAGGCCUUCCAUUCUUUGACCAAACACUGGUCACUCUACUUCAAACCACCAUGUUUCUUGGAAGCAUCAUUAGUUGCUUCCUGGACAAUACUGUUCCAGGUUCAGAUGCUGACCGUGGCGUAACCAUGUGGCAGGGGCAAUUUUCAAAUACGCAGAUCUGCGCGGAGUAUAACGUUCCUGGCAUGCUAGCUUGUUCGAGGAAGAUGAGAUGGCUGCGCUAUCUUCCGGUUUGUCCAAAGUUCAAGAAAGAAGAAUGUUUCGCCAAUAACCCUCCACAUUUUUCAGUGGAUGUAGAACACAAUUAAAAGUCAACUAUGGAUGUGGAAAACAAAUCUGGAAAAGCUAGCAGGUUUGUCGAGGAGUAACAUCACGGGUAAUAAAACCAGUAAACUGCAGUGAACGAACAUAACGCAUAGCCAUCUAAUUACUCCCCAAGUACAUGGAUUGGGUUCAUUAAAAUUACCGUUUGUUUACUUCACAGUGGUGAAAUCAAUGAUGUAUAGAGAAAUUAUGGUUAAGGGAACCAUGGCAGAUGUAAAAGGGAGAAAAAAAAAUAUUAUCCUUCUUCCUCGUCAAUGUAAGUGAAGAUGGAUAAUGAUGUGAAAGAAAUGCAUGUAGUUCAUAAAAAAAAAAUAUAUAUAUAUAUAUAUAUAUAUAUAUAUAUAUAUAUAUAUAUAUAUAUAUAUAUAUAUAUAUAUAUAUAUAUAUAUAUAUAGAUAGAUAGAUAGAUAGAUAGAUAGAUAGAUAGAUAGAUAGAUAGAUAGAUAGAUAGAUAGAUAGAUAGAUAGAUAGAUAAAUAAAUAAAUAAAACUCCUUCGAGAUCAUUGUCACUAAGCCAAACCCCGGAGUUAACCUCCAGUUUGGGAAGUUUGUCCAGUUAUUAUUAUUUUUCUUUACAGAUAAGUUGUGAUUUGCUUGUCACUUCUUACCUAUAUUGUGUACCUUUCGUCUAACUUUCUAAUUAUUCUCCUAAUACUGAUCGAAAAAAUCUCCUAAAACCAAACAUUUUUCUUGGAUGUACGUAGUUUCUACUCAAAAACACGUGUUCAUACUAAACAGCGACAGUGAUUAGCAAUAGCACAUAUUUCAUUACAUCAUAUUUUUAUUUUCAUAAAAGUGAAUGAAAGCCUAAGUCUCUGAAUACGGAACCGAAGCAUUUGUAAUAGAUAGCAGAUGGCUUUCCACUGAUGUGAUAGUGUUGCCACUGCCACAAAAUACCUUUUUACUCGGACCAUAAAACGUCGUAGAUCAUAUCUACUUGCUCGUAGUGUUUUUUUUUUUUUUCUUUUAUGGAAAUGAACUUGUUUUCUUGAAUUAUGAAUGUGUAAGGCAACUCAAGACGUGUUUUGGGGUCUGAGUGAGUGGCUCUAGUGGCAGGUGACAGAGCCAGUCACUGCCACCACCACAUCUAUGUAAAACAAAGGAACAGGAAGGCUCUAUAA